UUUUGCGACGCUCGCGCACGCGACGUGUCCGGUCUGGUCAGACCCGGUAACGGGUGGAGGAGAGUCCAGAGAAGGCUCGGCCUCUGACUCACUGCUUAGUAGGGAGAACCGGUUGAAAGUUUCUGUCUGCUGAAUGAGCGACACCGGUUGAGCAUUCCUACAGCAUUUCCCUCCAGAAGCCAUGAGAAAGUUGUCCGGUUGCGGGGACUGUGCGAGAGGAUUUGUACUAACGUUACUAUCUGUACUUACUGGUGGCACAGACGCUGUUUCAUCCUUUCCUACACUGAAAUUACCCUUGCCUAACGAUUGCGUCUGAAGCUGGGCUUGCAGCACAGCUAUCCUCGCCAUAAGGCGAUCGUUCUCCUGUAUAUUAUGAGUACAGCGACUGCAAUUAGAAGACAUCAUGUUAAUGUUACUACUUAGCCUCGGCUGGUGGAGGUCCUAACGAACCAUGUCCAGAUAAAGCGUCCGGAGUGAAAAGGUUGAAUGAAAAAAAGUUGAGUGAGGGGAAAACUAAAAAUAAACGGUAAUUAAAAAGUUGUCAGGUAGUAAAGUUAGCAACAAAACGCACAGCAGCACGUAAACAAGUCUGCAAGUUAAUCUAUUUUAAAGAAUACACCAUGUCUUAAUCUUAGAAUUGGCAUUUCUCCUGUGUUUUACAUACUUCUAGCUGUCUCACACGGCUCAUGCCAAGCCUAGCUCUUUUUUUAGUGUUAGUGAAUGUUUAUUAAGAAGUGUCUGGUCUGAAACACCAAAAGAAAAACAGGACGGAACGUCUGUGACAGACAGACAGCCACAUGAGUACACUACUCACCAUGCGUGACCACAAGGCUAAUCGAUAAUCAAUAACAUGCUAUCAUGUGUUUGUCUUAUGUCAACUCCCGCCUCACAUCCCGUGUGACACAUGAUUUUACUGUAUGGCGUCCUCAUAUUCAGUCCAAAGUUGGAGACUUUAUCCUUUUAUGACGCUUAUAUCUUCUUGUCUAAGCACAUAAAGACAGAGAUAUAGAGGGAACAGGGACUGACGGACGUAGGGAGUUCAACUUUAAAAGGGCCAGAGAGAAAGACAAAAGGAGAGAGAGAGAGAGAGUGAUACCGGGUGAUACAGGGUGACUGAAUGAAUAUAGUCGUUGUCACACCAUAACGUAGCAGUCUUCACUGACAACAGUAGAGCGCGCAAACCACUAGCCUAAACAUGUCCGACCUGACCUACGGAGAGCAGACUAACAGGAAUAAACUGACGGAUCACAACAUGAGCGCGGAUGAACUUGUUUUCUUUGUCAAUGGAAAAAAGAUAACAGAGAAGCAUGCGGAUCCAGAGAUGACACUGCUGACAUACCUCAGGAGAAAGUUGGGUUUGACAGGUACUAAGCUGGGCUGUGCAGAGGGAGGAUGUGGAGCCUGUACUGUGAUGCUCUCCAAAUAUCAGCCCCAUCUCAGAAGAGUGCUGCACCUCUCGGUGAAUGGUUGUCUGGCCCCUCUGUGUUCUCUCCAUCAUUGUGCUGUCACCACGGUGGAAGGCAUCGGCAGCGUGGCAGGGAAACUGCACCCUGUACAGGAGCGUAUCGCUAAGUCUCAUGGUUCUCAGUGUGGGUUCUGUACCCCAGGUAUCGUCAUGUCUAUGUAUGCUCUGCUCAGGAACCACCCUACACCACGCAUGGCCGACAUAGAGGAGGCCUUCCAAGGGAACCUGUGUCGCUGUACUGGUUACAGACCAAUUCUGGAGGGGUACAAGACGUUCACCAAAGAGAGGAAGUGUUGUGGUGGCAAGGGGAAGGAUAACGGCUGCUGCAUGACCAACGGAGUAAAGACCAAAGGGUACACUGACGAGGAGAAUGUCAACAGGACCUCAGUGCUGCCUGCUCCUCUCUACGACCCAGCUGACUUCCUCCCUCUGGACCCCACUCAGGAGAUCAUCUUCCCACCAGAGCUGAUGUCCCUGUGUAAAGACCAGUCCUCUCAACAGCUGAGGUUCAGAGGAGAGAGGGUUCUGUGGCUCCAGCCAGCUUCUCUGGAUCAACUUCUAGAGCUUAAGACUCAGUACCCAAACGCCAAGAUGGUGGUUGGUAACACGGAAGUCGGUAUUGAGAUGAAGUUCAAGAACCUGUUGUAUCCUGUUAUUCUGGCCCCGGCAUACAUCCCCGAGCUCAACACCAUACAGCACACUGACGAGGGUAUAGUAUUUGGAGCGUCCUGUUCCCUGACCCUGCUGGGUGAUGUGUUGAAGGCAGCGACGGUUAAACUGCCCUCCUACCAGACUGAAGUCUUCACCGCUGUACUGGAGCAACUCCGCUGGUUCGCUGGACUGCAGAUACGCAACGUGGCAGCCAUUGGAGGUAACAUCAUGACUGCCAGCCCCAUCUCCGACCUCAACCCUGUCUUUAUGGCUGCUGGCUGCAAGCUCACGCUCAUGUCCAAAGGUGGUGAGCGUGUGGUUGUGAUGGAUCGGAAGUUCUUCCCAGGUUACAGAAGGACCAUCCUGACACCUGAGGAGGUUCUUCUAUGUGUCCUGAUCCCGUACACCAAGAAGGGUCAGUACUUUGCUGCCUAUAAGCAGUCUCCUCGUCGUGAGGAUGACAUCAGCAUUGUGACGUCAGGGAUGAGUGUGACAUUCGCCGAGGGGUCAACCGUCGUCAAGCACCUGGCCCUUAGUUACGGAGGGAUGGCUGCUACUACUGUCAUGGCCAAGAACACAGCCAGCAGACUUCUGGGAAAACAGUGGGGGGAAGAGCUUCUGCAGGAUGCUUGUUCCUCAUUGGCUGAGGAGAUGACCCUUCACCCCUCUGCGCCGGGUGGCAUGGUGACCUACCGACGAACUCUGACCCUCAGCCUGUUUUACAAGUUUUACCUGACUGUACAACAGAAACUAGCCAAUGAGGGUGCAUAUAUAGAGGGUGUCAGGGCUGACUACGUCAGUGCUACAGAGAUGUACCACCAGACGUCCCCUUCUAGUGUCCAGAUUUUCCAGGCGGUUCCAGACGGUCAAAAGGAGGAGGACGUGGUGGGCCGUCCCAUGAUGCACCUCUCGGCCAUGAAGCAGGCGACGGGCGAGGCGGUUUACUGUGAUGACAUCCCUCUCUACGAGAACGAACUGUACCUCUGUCUUGUAACCAGCACCAAGGCCCACGCACGCAUACAGUCUAUAGAUACAUCGGAGGCAGAGAGUAUGCCAGGUGUGGUGACGUGUGUGUUUGCCAAGGACAUCCCUGGCAGCAACAAGACAGGACCUAUCGUCUACGAUGAGACUGUCCUUGCUGAUGGCAAGGUGACCUGUGUGGGCCACAUCAUAGGAGCGGUAGUAGCAGAUACUCAGGCUCACGCUCAGAGAGCAGCCAAGGCCGUGAGGAUCACCUACCAAGAACUACAGCCUGUAAUCAUCACCAUACAGGAUGCCAUUACACACCAGUCCUUCUUCCAGCCUGUUAGAACCAUCCAGAGUGGAGACCUGGACCAGGGGUUCACACAGGCUGACCACAUUCUGGAGGGUGAGAUGCAUAUGGGAGGCCAGGAACACUUCUACCUGGAGACCAACGUUACUGUAGCUGUACCUAAAGGAGAGGAUGGAGAGAUGGAGCUGUUUGUCUCUACUCAGUCUGCUACCAAAACCCAGUCUCUGGUAGCUAAGGCGUUGGGUGUCCCGGCCAGUAGAGUGGUGAUCAGAGUGAAGAGGAUGGGAGGAGGAUUCGGAGGGAAGGAGAGCAGGUCCACCAUCCUGUCUACCGUGGUCGCUGUGGCCGCUCAGAAGUUGAAGAGGCCAGUGAGAUGUAUGUUGGAUAGAGAUGAAGACAUGCUGGUGACGGGAGGACGACACCCCUUCUAUGGACGUUACAAGGUGGGCUUUAUGAAGUCAGGUAAAGUGGUGGCUCUGGAAGUGACCUACUACAGCAACGCAGGAAACUCCAUGGACCUCUCUCUCUCAAUCAUGGAGCGUGCGUUGUUCCACAUGGAGAACUCUUACAGCAUCGCUAACAUUAGAGGGCGUGGCUACCUAUGUAAGACACACCUCCCGUCCAACACGGCCUUCCGAGGGUUUGGCGGGCCGCAAGGAAUGCUGAUUGCUGAGAGUUGGAUGACUGACGUAGCUCUGAGCCUCGGGCUACCCGCUGAACAGGUACGUCGUCUGAACAUGUACAUCCAGGGAGAGAGGACUCCCUACAGCCAGAUCCUGGAUCACAUCACCCUGGACCGCUGCUGGGACCAAUGUCUGGAGGUAUCGUCCUUCAACCAACGCAGAGCUGGAGUAGAGACGUACAACAGGGACCACCGUUGGACAAAGCGAGGGCUGUCUGUCGUCCCCACCAAGUUUGGCAUCAGCUUCACCGCUCUUUUUCUUAACCAGGCCGGUGCAUUGGCUCAUAUUUACACAGACGGCUCCGUGCUGUUGACUCACGGAGGGACUGAGAUGGGACAGGGUCUACACACCAAGAUGGUACAGGUGGCCAGUAGGACCCUGGGUAUCCCCAGCUGUAAGAUCCACAUCACAGAGACCAGCACCAACACUGUUCCCAACACCAGCCCUACUGCUGCCUCCGCUUCCUCCGACCUCAAUGGAGCUGCUGUGCAUAAUGCGUGUGAGAUCCUACUCCACCGUCUAGAACCCUACAAGACCAAGAAUCCCAAAGGAUGCUGGGAGGAAUGGGUGAACUCUGCCUACUUUGACCGGGUCAAUCUGUCUGCCAAUGGAUUCUACAAGACUCCAGACCUUGGUUAUGACUUUGAGACCAACACAGGUCGUCCUUUCAACUACUUCAGUUAUGGAGUGGCCUGCUCUGAGGUGGAGAUAGACUGUCUGACCGGCAGCCACAAGAACAUUCAUACGUCCAUCGUCAUAGAUGUGGGGAAUAGUCUGAACCCAGCUCUGGACAUUGGGCAGGUAGAGGGGGGCUUUAUGCAGGGUGUGGGUCUGUACACCCUGGAGGAGCUGAAGUAUUCUCCUGAGGGAUACCUGUUCACGCGCGGACCAGGCAUGUACAAGAUCCCCUCCUUUGGAGACAUCCCCACUGACCUCACAGUGUCUCUGCUCCGAGAUGCACCCAACGACAAGGCCAUCUUCUCCUCCAAGGCGGUAGGUGAGCCUCCUCUCUUCCUUGCGGCCUCAGUGUUUUUUGCCAUCAAAGAUGCCGUCACCGCUGCCAGGAAGGAGUCAGGCCUUAGUGGGCCCUUCAGAUUCGACAGCCCGGCCACACCUGAGAGGAUACGCAAUGCCUGCGAGGACCGCUUCACCAAACUGUGCCCCCCUGCAGAGCCAGGCACCUUCACUCCAUGGGCUGUCGUAGUGUAAGACGAACAGCACUAGAGAGAGAAGACAUGCAGAGAAGAGGAGAGAGAGACGGAGGGGGAGAGACGGAGGGGGAGAGACGGAGGGGGAGAGACGGAGGGAGAGAGACGGAGGGGGAAAAGAGUAGGAUAGCAAGCAGAGAGAGAGAAGGUUAAUCUGUUACAAAUUUAUGCCAUUAAAUUCCUUUGUCUCAGUCUGAGGAAACGACUGUUCUAAUCAGUUUGUAAUGGAGCCAGAACCUUAACCAUACUCAGUUUGUAAUGGAGCCAGAACCUUAACCAUACUCAGUUUGUAAUGGAGCCAGAACCUUAACCAUACUCAGUUUGUAAUGGAGCCAGAACCUUAACCAUACUCAGUUUGUAAUGGAGCCAGAACCUUAACCAUACUCAGUUUGUAAUGGAGCCAGAACCCUAAUCAGUUUGCAACUCUAAACCCAACGCACACAUGGGUGGAUCUCGGUAGUGUAAAGGGGCUUCAUCUCCUUGUCUCCUGUCUCUCAUCCUUACUGAGCUGAGAACUCAGAACAAUAAUGUGGAUGUUGGGGGUCUGCUUUCACUUGUCCACUACGUUUUAGAUCAGUGAAGAGGACGAGACUAUUAAGAUGAAGGCCAGGUCUGAAGCCUACCUGACUAUCAGCAGUUUGACCUAGGAAGCAGUCCUAGUUUGGUUGCCACCAUGGUGCAUUGUGAAAUAGGUCAGGAGGCCACAGAUUCUGAUUGGAGGAAAGUGUCGCUGAGGCCACGGGAACUGACCAGACCAAUCACACACCACAUACAGUAAUUAUUGAGGAUCUUUUUCAAGGGAUUUCAAUCAUUUUCAGACCUCACUGCAUAUCAUAUACAAAUGACCUAUGAUCAAUUCAAUAUCUGUAAUGAUGCCUGUUAUAUACCUUUUAUCAAAUAAAUCAACAUCUUGUAUUUGUGUGUUAAAUUUAAUAUAAUUUCCUAAAUGUAUGAUAUUGUAAACAUAUUAAUUUAAUUUGCCUUUUACUAGCAGAAAUUGUGAUUUUAUUUAGCAGUUAUGUUGAGUGAUAGAGUUUUAUAGGAAUCAUUUGUUUAAUUUAUUUUAUGCGUAAUCUCAGGUUUUAGUAAAACAGCGCCAUCUGGUGGGCCGUAGUGUGUCUGCGGUGCUACUGUUUUCAAUUCAACUAGUUAAAUACUACUUGACUGACAGAAUAACUCAAUUACUUCAACUACUUGAUUAGACUGAGACAAAAAUUAAAAGAUACUAUCAAGCAUUGGUGUAUUUGAAGAAUUUGCUUUAUUUUACGUUUCAAUAAUGUACAGAGCUAAUCUGUUAAAUAAACAUACAUUUCCAAUC